AAACGACAGGCAGGCAGGCCAGGCCGAAGAAAAAAGAUGACAGGCACCGGCAGGCCGGGAUGGAUGUAGGCCUGUCAUAGGCAGGCCAGGCCUACAAAAAGUGAGCCUGGUUGGACCUCUGCUUGACACUAAUCAAUAAAGAGAAUUUUCUCUAUCGAACUGUAUUUUCGGUCUUUUUUUCCCUAAAUGUUUAUUUAGAGAAAUUAUCGAAAUAGUAUGACCAAUUAAAAGAUAGAUCAUUAUUAAUGACUUCACCAUCAAGACAAUAUAUAGUGAUUCAGUCCAAAAAUUUAUUUGAAUUUCUAUAUUUUUUUUUGUUAAAUCGAGCCGUCUCUUAUUUGUUGUUGCACUGAGUCGAUUGGAAAAUUCUAUUGAAUUCCGAUCUCUCUCCUUAGCAAGUUAUAGUAAAUGCAUAAAUCGUAUCUGCAUAGUGCAUUUAUCACCAUAGAUACAUGCCAUUUUAUCUAGUAAUCUAAAUAUCAAUUUAAAUUAACAAAUAUUUUUAUUAAUAAAAAUGAAUAUUAACAGUCUUUUACAUAAAAAAGUAUAAUAAAAUGGAAAAAAUAAAGACAAUUCUUCAUAUUCAUAUAAAAAUAAAAGAUUCGAAAAACGCAAAAAUAAAUUCCUCGUACGUAGAAAAUUAAUUUUUCUGAAUUUAAUAUUCUUGAAAAAAAACUAUAAGCUUUUGUUUUUCAUUUAAUGAAAAAUCUAAAAUCAAAAAUAAAUAAAAUUUCUAUAUGAAAAAAAAGAUUAGAUAAUUAAGAUAAUUUUACACAUUACUUUAUAAAAAAAGAACUUCGUUCUUAUAUCAAUUAUAGGUUUAAUAAAAUCAUCUUAAAUGAAUAGACAACGAAAAUAACGCUAAUUUGAAAAAUACUAAAUUUAAAAAUCUAUCUAAAAUAAAUUAUCUAUUAUUUAAGCGAAAUAUUUUCAAAAAAAAUUGAAUGCAAGUGAUAGGUCUGCUUUGAUUGUUUUUUUAAAUUAAUCCAAUCUUUUUCAUUUCACAUUAGUAACAUCAAUAUUGAAAAAAUCUUUACGUAAAAUUCUAAAUUUCAAUUGUUAUCUUAAAAAAUCGUUUUUUUUUCUUUCAUAAUCUCGAUAAACUCUUAUUAAAUCGAUGAUUUUCUUGUGAAAUAUGAUUAAUCACAAUUUUACGCCGAUUUUUUUUUUCAAAAUAGCAAAAAUCGUCGCGAUUUUCAAUAAAAAUGUAAUAUUUUAAUUUCAUCCUCUGAAUAAAUGUUAAGACAUUUAGCGUCAUGUGGCACAUUACUGUACUUGUCAUUUGAUAUUGAUUUGAUGAUUCAUUCUUAUUUGACGAUAUACUAAAAAAAAAGGAACUUGAAUUGUACUAAAUCCGUUGAUAUAUCAUAUUUGUAUCGAAAAAAAUAAUAUUUUUUUUUAAAGUCAACUGAUGAUGUUGAUCUACCAGAAGUUCAUCAACCAGCAGCAGCAGCAGCAACACAACAACAACAACUUAUAACAACUAGUGAUGAAAAUAAUGAACAAAAAAAUAUUAAUUUAUUUCUUCAACAUCAAAUCAACAUCAAUAAAACAUUAACAGAUUUAUUUGAAAAAUUUCAGCAACAAAUGAAACAACAAAAUAAAUUUUUUGCUGAACAAACAUCAUUUAUGAAAGAACAAACAUCAUUUAUGAAAGAACAAAGAUCAUUUAUGAAAGAACAAACAUUAUUUAUGAAAAAAAUUUCACAACAUUUAAAUAUUGAUUCAACUGAGCAUCAAAUGGAAAUUAAUAUUGAUAAUAAAAUGAAUUUAGAAGUUCACAAUUUCCAUCAUCAUUAUGUUCAAUUACGUGAAAAUGAAAAAAAUAAUAAAUUACAUCAUUUAUUUGAUCAAAUUAAAAAUAUUAAAAAUGAAAAAAUUAUUAUUUUUGUUAAAUCAAAUGUACGUAGUGGUGUUUUGAGAAGAAAUUUAUCUGGAAAUUUUUCUGCUAUUGAAAUUAAUCUUGGUGUUGCAGAAGAAGAACGUCAACAACGUUAUGAAGAAUUUAAAAUAUUUUCAACAACUAUUCUUAUUACAACUGAUUUAUAUGAAGAUAAUGUGAAUUUUGAAAAUGUUAAUAUUAUAAUUAAUUAUGAUAUGCCAGCAGAUGCAGAUACUUAUCUUUUUCGAGUUGCUCGUGCUGGUGGAUUAGAUAAAAAUGGUUUAGUAAUAACAUUUAUUACAAAUCAAAAUGAGAUGGCAAUUCUUAAUAAUGUUAAAAGUCAUUUAAAAGUACAAAUAACUGAAAUGCCCGAUGAUAUUGAUGUAGCUACAUUGGAAAAUCAUUAA